CCGGCGGGGCGGAUCCGUCUCCCGCUAUAAACAGCCGGUACCGGCGGCCGCCACCUCCCCGGUAUCGCCAUGAGCCGCGGCGGCCGCGCUCCCCACCCGCGCCGCGCUCUCGGGGCGCCGCCGCCCCUCACCGCGGCUCCGGGGCUGCUGGCGGCGGCGGCGGCGGCCCGAGGCGCGGAGCGGGAGGAACUGGCGGCGCUGAACGAUCGUUUCGCCGCUUUCCUGGAGCGGGUGCGGGCGCUGGAGCGGCAGAACGGGGCCCUGCGAGCCGCCCUCGGCCGCGCCGCCGCUGCCGCCGCGCCCCGCACCGCCGGGCUGGUGCAGGGGGAGCUGCGGGGGCUGCGGGAGCGGCUGCAGCGCCUCGGCCGGGACCGGGACCGGCUCCUGGCGGAGCGGGACGGGCUGGCCGCCGACCUGGCGGCCCUGCGGCAGCGGCUGGAGGACGAGACGCAGAAGCGGGAGGAUGCGGAGAAGAGCCUGGUGCUUUUCCGCAAGGACGUGGACGAUGCCACGCUGUCCCGUCUGGAGCUGGAGCGCAAAGUGGAGCUGCUGAUGGACGAGAUCGGCUUCCUCAGGAAGCUGCAUGAGGAGGAGCUGCGGGACCUGGAGGUGAGCGCCCCGAGGCCGGCAGUGCCGGUGGAGGUGGAGGUCUGCAAGCCAGACCUGACGGCUGCGCUGCGGGAGAUCCGCACCCAGUACGAGAGCAUCGCCGUGAAGAACCUGCAGGAAGCCGAGGAGUGGUACAAAUCGAAGUUUGCCGACCUCUCGGAUGCGGCCAACCGCAACCACGAGGCGCUGCGGCUGGCCAAGCAGGAGAUGAACGAGUCGCGGCGGCAGAUCCAGAGCCUCACCUGCGAGGUGGACGGGCUGAAGGGCAUGAACGAGGCGCUGCAGCGGCAGAUGCGGGAGAUGGAGGACGAGUUUGGGGAGGAGAUCGGCAACUACCAGGAUGUGGUGGGGCGGCUGGAACAGGAGAUCCAGCAGAUGAAGGAGGAGAUGGCGCGGCACCUGCGCGAGUACCAGGACCUGCUGAACGUCAAGAUGGCCCUGGACAUCGAGAUCGCCACGUACCGCAAGCUGCUGGAGGGCGAGGAGAGCCGGAUCACCGUCCCCCUGCACCCUGCCACCUCCUUCAGCGUGAGAAGCUCAGCGCUGGAGCCACAGCCCACGGAGAGCCCGGCACGGAGGAUGGUGCUCAUCAAAACCAUUGAGACGCGGGACGGGCAGCAGGUGGUGACAGAGUCACACAAGGAGCGAGCGGAGCCGGGGAAGUGACAGAGGGGACCUGUUGGGCCGGCCCCCCCCCUCCUCCCCCCCCCCCUCCACUGGUGGGGUGGUGGUGGUGGGGCUUUGUGGGACCCCCCCCGGCGCAGGCUGGGGAGCCGAGUGUGGGGCUGCCUGCCCCCCCCAUCCCCCACUGCCGGCACCGUGGCGGGACGCUGUGGGACAUCCCUGUGCCUUGUCCCCCUCCUCCAUUGCUCUUUAGUGCCUAUUUAUUUUUUCUCCCUACCGGAACCUCCGUUAGAUUUAAUAUUUAUCGAAUGUCUCCCGUGCUGGUCCCGGCCCCAUGGCUGGUGGGGGGGGGCGUGGGGGAGGGUGUCCUGGCUCCCCUCCCACCGAUGGAGGCGAUGCUGCCUGUCCCCCGGGGGUUGUGGGCACCGGUGGUCCCCAGGUGCUGUCCCCUCCUGGGGUCUCUGCCCUGCCUUGGACCCAUCUUCCCCCCCCCCAGCCUUGGGCCCUCAGGGGGGGCUGGGGGCAGGAAAGGCUGCAGGGCCCUGCGGGGGGGGCCUCUGGGGGCUGACCCCUCUGUCCCCAUCCUGCUUCAGCAGCAAAUAAAGGCCGUGGUGAGGACG